AUGUCUCAGAACAGCAACACCCAGCAGCCCAGUCUAGUUGGCGGCCACGCCGAGUAUGUCAAGGGCGCUGCACAGGCGACCAUUGGAGACUUGACCGGAUCACAUGCUUGGAAAAGUUCGGGCGAGCAGGCAAAGGCCCACGGUGCCGACGUUAUGAAAGCAGCCAGUGAGACUCGCGACCCGGCAACACAGGGAUUCGGCAAGGUGGAGGAAGUCGCUGGCAAGGUCACAGGCUGCGAAGGCAUGGUGAAAGAGGGUACUGCCAGCAAGAAGCCCGAGUAG